GCUGGUGAAGGGAUUGACACCUGGCAAGAAGAAAUGGAUCCAUUGUGCCAGGCACGGAGGCUGCCCUGCAUCACUCUGCCCCAUCAGUGGUGACAGCCAUGGCCAGCACCAGCACAUCAGCCAUCUGCUGGAGCCAGGAGGUAAACAAACCUUGACUGCCUGGGUCAGGAUGGGGGAUCAGGGCUGGGCACAGCACACUUCCUUGGAGCUGGUGAAGCCAUCAAUGACACCUGUAGUCCGCAGGACUUGUGUUCAUGCAAGUGUCUUUCUUUCCAGAUGGCCUGGUGCAAUCACGGGUGGAUGUCACCCGAUGCUGGUGGCAGGGGCUGUUCCUGCCCACAGCAGGUACCCUGCUGUGCAGUGUGCUGGCAUGGGCUGCCCCAGGGCACCCAGUAUAUCAGGCACCAGCUGUCCCAGGAGCUGACAGGCAGCGUGUGACUCUGCUAGGAGAGGGGACCAGAGGACACCGACACCAAAGCCAAUAUGUCCACUCCCUACCCCUCAGGCCAGUGUCCCCUUCCUCGGGUUUGUCUCAGGAGAAACCAGGCAAAUCCAGCCUGGCCCAGCUCAGCCUGUCUGCAAAAACAGCCCUUUGCCCCGUGCUCUCCCUCCCACUCCUCGGGGUCCCACAGGCAGCCACCCCCAUGGGAGCUGGGGCCCAGAGGUGUCCCGGUCCUCAAGGACUGGCUGGAGGUCCUGCCUUGCUGGUGGGGGCAGGGAUGGCCCCAGGGUGGGGCAAGGACAUUGGGAGGGCCCUGAGAGGGCUGGGAGAUAGUCGGUGAAUGUUAUCAGCCCAUCGUCUCACGAGACAGGGAAGAGCCAUAAAGGGCUGUCCCUGGGUCUGGGCUAAGGCAGCAUUCCAGGAGGCAGCAGGGUGGGCAGCAUGGCACGGCUGCUUUCCUCUGGAACCUGCCUUCUCCUCUGCUUCCUCGCCCAGCUCGUCGCUGCAGUCUCUGCUGACAGGGGACGUGUGGGACAGUGGGGUAAGAACCUCAGGUGGGGGAUGCUGGGCCUGGUGUCACUUCCUUGGGGAUCUCCAGGGUCCACAUCACCUCCCCUUGGGAUGCCAGUGAAUAGGAACCCUCACAGCCACCUCAGGGUGCUUUGAGACCACAACCUUUGAAUGGGUUGGUCUCAGCUUCCCCCCAGAGCAGGCCCUGCCCCCCCAUCCCUGCUGCUCCCAACCUCCAUCCCUAACUUUGGAUAAAGUGGCCCAGUAGCCACGGCCAGUCAUGGUUACCCAGCCAUUGCACACUCACUGUGGCUGAUCCUCAGGCUCCUCAUCCACUCUGCCAAGACGUACAAGGGACUUCCCUGCUAAACUGUGCCUCACUUUCCUUUCUGCAGGUAGUUGCUGAGCAAUGCUGGUCUGGUCUGCAAAAGACCAUGCUGAUCUCCUGGGGUUUCCUGGUCCUCCAUGGUGGCAGGGGGGGGUCUUAUAGCAGCUAAAUUCACCUCGGGUAGAGAUGGGCAUGCUGGACCCCCAGGGGUGCACCUGGAGGCUCCCAGCUCUGCUCUCACCUCCAGAUGCUGAGAAAACCCCGAGCUACUGGAAUAAAGGUGCCAGGAGGAGGCUGGAGUUGGCCCUGGCCUUGCAGCCAGCAGCACAGCGGGCCAAAAACAUCAUCCUCUUCAUGGGUGACGGCAUGGGGCUGUCCACCAUGUCAGCAGCUCGGAUCUACAAGGGGCAGCUGGCCGGUGACUCGGGCGAGGAGAGCAUCUUGGCCAUGGAGACCUUUCCCCACAUGGCCCUGGCCAAGACCUACACCAUCGACCGGCAGGUGCCCGACAGCGCUGGCACGGGCACCGCCUACCUCUGUGGGGUGAAGGCCAAUGCCAAGACUCUGGGACUGAGCGGGGCAGCCGUCUAUGGAAAAUGCCACACCACCUUUGGCAAUGAGGUGGACUCUGUCCUGCACCGGGCCAGGCUGGCGGGCAAGUCUGUGGGCAUCGUGACGACCACGCGGGUGCAGCACGCGUCCCCCGGAGCAGCCUACGCGCACUCGGCCAGCCGGGGCUGGUACGCUGACGCCAACAUGCCCAAGGAUGCCCUGCAGGAUGGCUGCAAGGACAUCGCCUACCAGCUGGUGCACAACACUGACAUCAAUGUGAUCCUUGGCGGCGGGAGGAUGUACAUGACCCCCAAGCAGACUCCAGACCCCGAGUAUCCAGAGGACCCAGAUCAAAAUGGCACCAGGAAGGAUGGUCGGGACUUGAUUGCUGAGUGGCUGAGUGCCAAGCAGGGUGCCCGCUAUGUCUGGGACAAGAAAGGCCUGGAUGCGGUCAAAGAUGACUCUGUGAGCCACCUUAUGGGCCUCUUUGAGCCCAAGGACAUGAAGUAUGAGCUGAACCGCAACACAUCCACAGACCCCUCCAUCGUGGAGAUGAUGGAAAAGGCCAUCCGCAUCCUGCGCAGGAACCCCAAGGGCUUCUUCCUCUUUGUGGAAGAUGACCACAUUCUCUGUGCAGGUGGCAGAAUCGACCACGGCCACCACAGUGGCCGAGCCAAGCAGGCACUGAUGGAGGCUGUGAUGCUGGACCGGGCGGUGGCACGGGCGGGAGAGCUCACGUCCCCUGCUGACACCCUGACCGUGGUGACGGCCGAUCACUCCCAUGUCUUCACUUUCGGUGGCAGCACACCACGGGGCAACUCCAUCUUUGGGCUGGCCCCCAAGAAAGCCAAAGACAAGCGAGCCUACACCAGCAUCCUCUAUGGAAAUGGUCCUGGCUACAGCAUCCAUGACGGGGCCCGUCCAGCUGCCAGCCUCCCUGCUGCAGAGGACAAGGACUACAGACAGCAGGCAGCUGUGCCCCUGGAGACAGAGACUCACAGUGGGGAAGACGUGGUGGUGCUGGCCCAGGGCCCCAUGGCCCACCUCUUCCACGGGGUGCAGGAGCAGCACUACAUCGCCCAUGCCAUGGCCUACGCCGCCUGCCUCGAGCCCUAUGCCACAGAGCCUGGGUGCAGGGCAGCCCGCAGGGCCUCCCAUGGCACACGGUGCUCCCCACAGCCUCUGCUCGCCCUCCUGGCCCUCUGCAUGGCUGCCCUCACAGUGAGGGGCUGAGAGGCUCUGGCUGAGUGCCACUGUGGGCAGGAUCAAGGGGUGCAAUAAACAUAGGUUGUUUGUCUCCAUCCGCCCUGCAAAGGCUCACAGUGGCCGUGACCUCCUGAGGUGCUGCCCUGUGCCUGCCUCCCCGGUUGGCUGUGCCUCCUGGCUCUCCCCUGGGACCAGCACUGGAGGCACUGGGCUGCAGGAGGUGAUGAAAUGUGGGUGAGGAGAGGCAAUGUCCUCGGCAGCUUUGCCUGGUUGGAGCACUGUACACAAGGGUUGGUACAUUCCUAUCAACGGAUGAGCAAGGAGCAGAGUUUUAGUCCACAUCCAUGGAUUUAUUGCUCACGAAAGCCUGGGAAGAGAGCAGGGCGCUCGGCACACAAGUGACCCCAGGUGCUCCCCAUACCCACCGUUGUCCCAGGUCAGAGCUGCCCGUGGCAGCCUGGGACAGGGCAUUGCCCUGCCUGGCACCACAGCACCGUGCCCAGGGCAGCAUUUCCUGCCCGCACUGCAUUUCCUCUUGUCCCUGCAUCGGCCUG